UUCCUAGGCUCUUCUUCCUCACGACUUCACCUACGCAGAUGGAAAAAUACGAAAUUGGAGGAAAAAAUUUUCUGAUUUGAUCGGAUUGACAGAACUGUUCCCCAGAUGGUGCAUUACUGUGUGUGAUCAAGAUUGCUUAGUAAAAAUGGGUUUAGCGGGUUGUUUUGGUACUUCUCCUCUUGUAUCUAUGGAACUGAGGUGGGCAAGAAGAAAAAAACCUGAUGAUGCUGCAUCAGCAUUGCCUCGGUCAAUACCUGUAUAUAUCUCUACGUUGAAGAAAGACAUAAAUAUAGAGGAAUUGAGGAAUUUGUAUUCACUUUGUAACCACUCUUGCAACCGUUUGUCCGAGAAUGGCAGCGGCAACGUCGACAAGAUUGUUGACGUGAAAAAGCUUCGUACAGCUAUCUCCCGGAGCGAUGUUGUUAUCUCUGUGUUCUGCAAACCUCUUCAUGAUGCGGUUUUGUACUCUGAGGAAGAUAAUUUGUCUUCAUCUUUGUAUCCUUCAGAGUUUAGGAGACAGAAUAAGGAUGAGAGCUCUCUGGGAGACCUGUUGCAGAAUGCGUUACCUCUCACUCCUUCUACUGGACAGCUUGUUGGAUUCGGUCGUGCUUAUUCUGAUCAUGGCUUGACUGCUUCUAUCCAUGAUCUAAUGGUUAUACCUUCACUACAACGGAUGGGAAUUGGUAGACUGAUAGUUAACAGAAUUGUCAGGCAUCUCACAAGCAGAGACAUCUACGACAUAGCAGCUCUCUGCUUCGAGGAUGAAAGGUACCUACCAUCAUUACCUCUGAGACAACUAAUACUCAUCCUUAGCAACUUGCCAUUCUUCAAAGCCUGUGGGUUUGGAGAUGACAGGAUGGGCUCCACGACGAUGAUGUUCACGAAGAGCUUGGAGAUGUAAACCUCAAGCGAGAAGCGAGAAGGCCAUUGGAUUUUCAGAAACUGCAGGUCAAAGCAAGUUGAAUGAUCUCUAAAACCUUGUUUGAAACUCUCUGAUGAUGAUCAAAGGAAAAGGUCAAAGAUUCAUUGUCUUUCUUGCAUUUGGAUUUGAUAUCUAGUGGUUACUCUCUCUCUUCUCGUUGAUGGAAAGCAAAUCAUAUACUUAAAAGUUUGAAUGUUCACCCUAAGUUGCAGUGAAGAAUAAGUAACUUCGUCUGUUUUGGUA